UGGGAAUAAGGGCUUACGUAUGUCCCGAUCAAAGGAACUGGGAUGAGGGUUUGAGCAAAAUUUGCUGUGCUCUGCGCUUUUCCAUUCAUUCUAGUAUUGGAACCACACCAUAUUAUAUGGCAUUCGGGCAACAGAUGGUGACUUCCGGCAAUACGUAUUCCCUGUUGAGGAAGCUAAACAUGCUAGACGAUCGAUCUGUGAUGUAUAACCGACAGGAUUCGUUCGAGUUAAUCCGAGAAGAAGCCACCAAACAGAUGCAGAAGGCGCACGAGCGCAACGAAAAUCGUUACAAUUUGCGCUCACGAGUAGUAACUUUCAGCGAAGGGCAGGAAGUCUUUCGUCGCAACUUUAAACAAAGCUGUUUCAAAACAGGGUUCAACUCAAAGUUAGGUCCGGCGUUUAUCAAAGCACGCGUAAGGAAGAAGAUCGGGAAGUCCUACUACGAGCUAGAGGAUUUGCAAGGCCAAAGGAUAGGAGUCUACCAUGCCAAGGAUAUCCGUCAAUAG